CGGGGGCGGCCUGUGGCGCGCGGAGCCCGCGCCGGACUGCGCCUCUUUGGACCUUGAGGGGAAACAUGCGUUUGGCUUGGAUCGUUUGAAAUUCUGAGUUUGGGAUCCCCGCCCGCCCGCCUCUUCCGCCCCGCGGGUUUUUUCCUUUUUUCUUUUGCUUUUUUUCUUUUCUCCCUUCGGGUCUCCUUUUUGACUCCCUCCCCCUUUAUGCUCGCCCAGCCCUCCCCCCGCUGCUGAGAAGUGGGGGAGGGUCUCGGCCUCCAGGUUCCCGCCCCACCGGGGCCCGGGCGAGCAUGGGGGGCAAGCAGAGCACGGCGGCCCGCUCCCGGGGCCCUUUCCCGGGGGUCUCCACCGAUGACAGCGCCGUGCCGCCGCCGGGAGGGGCGCCCCAUUUCGGGCACUACCGGACGGGCGGCGGGGCCAUGGGGCUGCGCAGCCGCUCGGUCAGCUCGGUGGCAGGCAUGGGCAUGGACCCCAGCACAGCCGGGGGGGUGCCCUUUGGCCUCUACACCCCCGCCUCCCGGGGCACCGGCGACUCUGAGAGGGCGCCCGGCGGCGGAGGGUCCGCGUCCGACUCCACCUAUGCCCAUGGCAAUGGUUACCAGGAGACGGGCGGCAGUCACCAUAGAGACGGGAUGCUGUACCUGGGCUCCCGAGCCUCGCUGGCGGAUGCUCUACCUCUGCACAUCGCACCCAGGUGGUUCAGCUCGCACAGUGGUUUCAAGUGCCCCAUUUGCUCCAAGUCUGUGGCUUCUGACGAGAUGGAAAUGCACUUUAUAAUGUGUUUGAGCAAACCUCGCCUCUCCUACAACGGAAGAAUACAAAGAAGCCUCAGAGGGGCUCAGCCUGAGAAAACCUGGUUCUCAGCAAGAACUUUGCAAGAGCAGCCGUGGAGGACAGAGUGCUCUUGGGCCCCCAUGCCCCAAAUGCAGAGUUACCCCCACUGCCCUGUAGAGAACAGGGAAGAUGAUGUGCUGACUAAAGAUGCGGGUGAGUGUGUGAUCUGCCUGGAGGAGCUGCUGCAGGGGGACACGAUAGCCAGGCUGCCCUGCCUGUGCAUCUAUCACAAAAGCUGCAUAGACUCGUGGUUUGAAGUGAACAGAUCUUGUCCGGAACACCCUGCGGACUGACCUGCGGGCUUGCUUGCUGACUCCUCUCAAAGGGACAGAGAGCCCCUGCUCCAGGGAGGAGGCUCACCGGACCCUGGGGCAGAGCUGAGCUUGGGACACCAGCGGGAACAGGGCACCCCUUCUGCACUGACUUCCAGAUCAUGGUUCUCCCUUCCUCCCUGAGGACACCAAAUUGGAUGAGAGCAAGUUUGAGAGAAGAAUGAAUCAACUGCUAUCCUUCCCCUCACCCCUCAGCCCAGGAGGGAAAGGGCAUUUUCUUUUUCAUCUUUGAAAGGCAUUGUGGGUCUGUCUUUAAAGUGUUUACAAAAAAAAAAAUUAUAUAAAAAAAAGUCUAGUGUCGACUGGUGUUUUCCCUCGUGAUGUUUACAGCUUGCUGUUUGCUGCCCAGCCAUAACCCACUCAGUGACAGACGAACACAGCCAAGCCCUCGCCGCCAGCCUUCUGACGGUGGGCGAGCACACAGUCUCUUCCCCUGCCCCAAAUGGCCCUCUCCACCACCAACUUGUCUACUUUGGGUUUGGUUUUUUUUCUUCUAUUUUUCUGGCUUGGUUUUUUGCUCUUUUCUCCCCUUGAGACCCUAAUAUCUUGACUUCAUUGCCAAAAAACAACCCAUCGAGAACUUUCUUCCCACUGAUCCCAUCUCUUUUUCCCUUCUUUCCUCCUGGUUCCGGUCAGUUCAGAGGAUUUAACAAUCACAAGUGUCCUGCAAAAAUGCCUGAACAUUAUUCUUAGGCCCUUGUGGAUUUUUUUUUCCAGAAAACUUAAACAAAAAAAGACUUACUAAGAAAUAUGUACAGCUACCCCUGUUUUCAGGCACUAUGUUUGAGAACAUUUUAGCCAUUGAUGUUCACACGUGGCAUCAGCCCAUGCAAGAUAGGUUUCUGUAUUUAUAUAUUAAAAUACAAAAAAAACUUAUAAAAUGUUUAAAAAAAUGUUCAAAGCUUGGGAGAAAAGCUUUCUUCAUUAGUCAAGGUGUUUUGAUAUGGUAUUAAAAUGUCUAAUAAAAGAUACACUGUGUGAUUUUAUUUUAAUGAGGUGUUGUUAUACAACCAAGAAAUGGGGGCAGGGGCCUGCCCCCCAAUCCCUCACCUACCUCCUUAGCAUUCCUUCAGGCUGCUGCUCGGGGCUCCAGGUGUGUGAAUUGGUCCUCAGACAGGCCUGGGUGGAGGGAGAGUGGCAAGUCAGGCGUGCCUCCUACAAGCUUCCUAACCUCUUAAGCAUCAUGGAACCAGUCAGCCCUCCUCUGUGGAGUCAUUGUGCCGGACCUCUGAAAAGAUCUGCAGGGGCCAAGAUGUUGCAGCUACUGGAGGCUGCAAGGAUGUGGGUUCUUCCAGGUGUGGGCCCAGCCCCCCUCCUUCCAGCCUCUGCUCCCCAUCCCACGUUCCACUCGCCCUGCCUGUUGUUCAGUUUGCAUCUCAGUGCUGACUCACGGGCAUGCUUCAUUGAGGCCCAGGAAGAGGCCCUGGUUUGGGGCUGUGCCAGUUCAGAGCCCUUGAACCAGAACCAACUGCUCAGGCUCACAAAAGUUGGCAAAAUGCAGGCUGGGCGGGCAGCUCGGGGCAGGGAGCAGCAGUGCAGGCCUGGCCUGUGUCCCCAUGCCCCGCGGGCUCCCGGAGCAGCGUUCCAGAGCCUCCUGCAGAGCCAGCGAAGGAAAGCUGUGGAGGGAGACGACUCCACCGCCUCUCUGCUCUGACCCUUCUCAGGCCCGCCUGAUGUCUGGACCACCCCCCUGCUGCCACAGCCCCUGGCUCCACAGUCACCCUCCAUCAGAUGCUUCCAGAGGCACCUACUGUGUGCAAGGGCAUUCACAACAGGCCAGUGGGCAAACGUGAGCCAGGGCCAGCGGAGAAACACUAAAGACGACUCGGUGGUUCAGAGCCUGGGCCUCAGCGCGGGACCCGUCUGGGGUGAAGACCUUGGGGCUGUUGUGAGUCGACGGCAGGAACGUGGGCUCUAGACUGUGCAUUCAGGCUCUCCUACUUGGCAGAAUGAUCUUGGGGAAACGACUUCAUCUGAACUUCAGAUUUUUCACAUGUGAAGUAGGGACAAAACCAUGCAGCUCAGAGGUCCCUGUGGGGGCCGGGGGAGCUGCCCUGCAGGUCCUGGCACAUGCACAGCAGGCUCCCCAUAGCUUUGUCACCACAAAGGGCACUGUUCUAUUCACAGCACCUCCUGCUUCUGCCUGGCAACUGUGUCUCCCUGUGCUAUAUUUAAUUCCACCAGCAAAGCUGGCAAGGCAGGGCCCAGCCCUGAAGGAGAUCUCCUUGCCUGAGCCCUGGAUCUGGAAACGGAGGCUUCAAUGUGCCCACCUUGGCGGCUUAAGCCUGCUGCUUUGGCAGUGCCACGGGUGAGCCGAGCAGCUGUGAGUUGGGUGGGGCAGGGCUGUAGCCCACGCCGGGUGCUAUUCCAGGCUCCAGGGGCUGGUGCUCAUCCCCACCCCCAGCGACUUCAGUCCUACCUGGCACGCUGCAGCCCUCUGCCGGCUGCGGGGUCCUCUGAAUCCAGACCCAGGUUGCCUGCUUUUGGUGUGGGGGUGGGAUUGGGGCUGUCUGAGCUUCCCAGGUGGAGCUCAUGUUUGUGAUCCUCUGUCCGGACAGCUCUCCAGAAUCCUGUGUUGCCCCUGCUCUGCCUCUCUGGGAUGGGAGAGAACGUAAGGGAGCCGGCGAGCAGGUUCUACCCGCUCUGCUAAGGGCCUAGCACACUUUGAUGAGGUUCCUAGAUAUGAGCCCCUCACAAAGACCAACCAUUCCUCUAACAGCCAUUUAAAGGUACUGAAGUUCAUGGGAAAAUGUCCUCAUUCUUAGGAGAUAGAUGCUGAAUUAUAUAGGUGAAUGUCUUCAAGAAAUGUGUAGUUUAAUUCCAAAUGGUUCCCCCCAAAAUACACAAAGCAAAUAAGGCCAAAAUGUUCAUUGUUGAAUCUGCAGUGGCUGGUAUUUCAGUGAACAGUGUACUUGUUCUUUCAACUUUUCUGUAUGUUUGGAAUUUUUCUUAAUAAAAGAUUGUGGGAAAUGGUCA